CUCUGUUGACAGUAAUAAUGAAGCUUUGUCAAUCCUUAAUGGAAAUGGAAAUGCCAGAUUACGCCGAGUCUCUCGACUCUUCGUACACCAUGCUGGAGUUCGACAACUUGCGGGUGCUGCCCACGAACUCAUCAGAAGCCAUUGCUUCCGACUCACCCAACGGCAGCUUGCUUGGGAAUGGGAUCAGCUCGCUGUGCGCCAUCUGCGGAGACCGCGCCACUGGCAAACAUUACGGCGCUUCCAGCUGCGACGGCUGCAAAGGUUUCUUCCGAAGGAGCGUCCGUAAGAAUCACGUCUAUUCGUGCAGGUUCAGCCGACAGUGCGUCAUAGACAAGGACAAAAGGAAUCAGUGUCGAUACUGCCGGCUAAAGAAAUGCUUUCGGGCAGGAAUGAAGAAAGAAGCUGUCCAGAACGAGCGUGACAGAAUCAGCAUCCGCCGAAGUAGCUACGAAGACAACGGCGCAUUGUCCAUCACUGUGCUGACUCAAGCGGAGACCAUGGCCCAGCAGUAUUCGGCUCUUCGUCCGGUCCACAGCGCCGACAUCGCCAUGAAGAAGAUUGCAACCAUCAACGACGUGUGUGAAUCAAUGAAACAGCAGCUUUUGGUGCUUGUCGAGUGGGCGAAAUACAUCCCAGCGUUCUGCGAACUCCCACUGGAUGACCAGGUUGCCUUGCUGAGAGCCCAUGCAGGGGAGCACUUGCUGUUGGGAGUGGCAAAACGUUCUAUUCCAUACACUGAUUUUCUACUAUUAGGAAAUGACUUCAUCAUCCCAAUGCAGUGUCCCGAGCAAGAAAUCGCCCGAGUGGCCAUUCGAAUCCUAGAUGAGCUGGUAAAACCCUUGAGAGAAAUCCAGAUUGACGACAAUGAAUAUGCCUGCCUCAAAGCUGUCAUAUUCUUUGACCCAGACUGCAAGGGCUUAAGCGAGCCCGGGAAGGUGAAGAACAUGCGUUUCCAAGUGCAAGUGAACCUGGAGGAUUACAUCAACGAUCGCCAGUACGAUUCGCGAGGGCGCUUCAGCGACAUCCUCCUGCUGCUGCCUCCCCUCCAAAGCAUCACCUGGCAAAUGAUAGAGCAGAUACAGUUCGUCAAGCUCUUCGGGAUGGCUCGGAUCGACAGUUUGCUGCAGGAGAUGCUACUGGGAGGUACAAAACUAGAGGGAACGGCCUUGGAUGUCCCACACUACCAGUCGGGCCCUUCCGGCCUCAACGUGGAGCCUCUUCCUGGUCAUGUCGUCUUACCCAGCAACAUCGGCUCCGUCAUUCAUACCAUCUCAGUCCCGUCACCAGAAACAUCUCUUCCUUCACCUUCCACCAGUCCCGGAAGUGAAGAUUACAAGCUAGGCCCCAACCACACCUCUGAGGCCGUGCUGACACUUUUGCCGCAGGCAAUUAUACCCAAACAGGAGAUUCUAUAAAGCACCACACCACGGAAAUCGACCACAAACCAUAAUUUUUUUUUUUUGUCUGUGAAAUCCCACCAGCCUAGCUCUCGUCAUGGCAAGUCAACCAUUCCAGUCGGAACCAGACUUCAAAGUCCUUCUCUGCCAUCCAACAAAAUGGCGGCAUUCAGCGAACAGAAGAACUCACUCGGUAUAGAUAAGUCAAAGGAAACCAACAUUUUUUUUUAAAAAAAACCUAUACCUUGGCUACAUUCUCUAGGAAUAGUUUGUAGGACUGCUUAGUUUCAUGUCAGAUAGGACACCUCCUUGUUGUAAGAGAUUAUAAUGAAUUUGAAGGCUACUAAUGUGAAGGUAACCUUCUAAAGAAGCAAGCAAGAUGAUGCCAUAUUGAGGAAGUGAACAAUUAUUAAUUCCAUGAAAUGAGCAGAUCCACACGGGCCUGUCCGUUUGCAUUGAUGAACUGAUCUGUUUUUGUAUUUGAGCACCAAUAUUGGAUGUGUAUUGUCUUCUUGCAAGACUUCUGUGGCUAAUUGUUAUUGUGUAUGUCUUUAUGUAAACAUCUAAUAUACUGUCAUUUUGCACUACCAGUUUGCUAUUCCUGUAGAAUUCAACCAAGGUAUAGAUUUUGCUUUAAUUUUUGUGGCAUUCAGCGAAUACUUGAGAACUGUCCAGUCAACCUUCUUUUUAGUGUUUUGCAUUGUUGGCAGUGUCCGUCCAUCAGAAUCGUGUGGCGAACCAAGCCGGAACGUUGCCCUUCUAGCAUCUUGUUCGAGCUGAUCCAUUCUCUGGUAAUGAAGCUGACGGAUCCAAGUGUCCUCCACAUCGGGUGUCAAUUUUUCCCUUCUGUUUGUGCCCAUUGUCCAACCUUUGCCCAUGUGCACAAUAUAGAGGAAAAAAACCCACUGAUAUUUCUAGCAUAAUAGGCCUCAGCACCAUUUUGGAGCUAGCCGUAGAUUACGACUGAGAAUGUCGCACGUCAAAAAUUGGCAGCGCAUGGCCUAUUUUCUGUUCAACGCUCAAGUACACUCCCAUCUGUUGUGUAGUAGCAGAAACAGAAUGCAAGAGUACUUUGGAGAUAAUCCAAAACAGAGUAAAUGGGGGGUGGGAAUGGGGACGGUUGGCUCCACACAGAUUAAAAGCAAAAAUGGGAUUUAUAUGCCUUCACUGCUAAUUCUUGCAAUGAGCUGAACAGUUUCUCUUCCAUCGUUAUUAUUCUUUAAAAUCGCAAGCAGGACUCACCAGGGUUUGUAUCACAAUUUUUAAAGCAGUCAAUCUUUGGAACACAAAGCA